UCUUAUCCUCUGCAUCCUCUUCCUUUAUAUGUACCCUCCCUUGUUUGCUCCAAAACCAUCUCCCUUUGGAUGGAUCUUACCAUGUCAUAUUCCUCUCUCCCCUUGCUCUUCACCUUCUCCCUCCAAAUUCACUUCCUGGUGCCAGCUUCCGGUGAAUUCCUGCCGUUCCAAGAGUGCGCUCCUUUUGUUUGCGAUAAUCAACAAAUCAGCUAUCCUUUCAGGCAUAGCGAGCAACCGAGUUAUUGUGGGUAUCCAGGCUACGAGCUCGGCUGUGACAGAGAUAACCUGACCCUGUCCAUGGAGUCCCUGGAAUAUCGGGUAAUCCACAUGAAUAUGAGCACGCAGAUCCUUGAGGUGGCAAGGAUGGAUUUAUCGGAUGAUAUAUGUCUUGGAAGACAUGUCAACACCACUUUAAACUCCAAUCUCUUCGACUACACUUCCAGUGACCUCACUUCCACCUUAUUCUACGAUUGCAAUUCAUUGCCUUCGCCGAUCCCUGGAUCUUAUCAGUUCUCUUGUCCUGCAUCUCGAGAUGGCUACUUUGCUCCCAAUGUGGAUCUUGCAAACCCACCACACGAGCUAUGCAACUUCAGUGUCCUUGUCCCAAUUUCACCCAGUGAUGACGCUCCAGCUCUACCACCACCAUCGGAGGGCAGCAAUGUUAGUGCUACUAUUAAUCGUGCUGCUAUUAGUUUGUUCUUGAGCAAAGGCUUCGAGAUCACCUGGAUUGCCAACACAUCGCAGUGUGAAAAUUGCACUAUUUCGGGGGGAAGAUGCGGGUAUGACUGGACAAGGCGAGAAUUCAAUUGUUUUUGCUCUGAUAGAGCCUAUCCAAGGACCUGCCACGGAUCUUCGGGGAAACCAGGCAUUUUGGGGACAAAAGCUAUCAUAGGAAUAGCUGCAAUGGGAACAGGAAUUGGGAUCGCCUUUAUUUUAAUGAUUUCCUUCAGGAAGAAACCAAUGAUCAGAAGAAUUAUGGCUUUGAUAAAGCAGAGGAGCGAACAUUUCGAUGACAAAAUGAAAAUCGAGGGACUCAUCUCUUCGAGAAGAUACACCUACAAAGACAUCAAGAGGAUGACCAACUCUUUCAAAGAAAAGUUAGGCCAGGGAGGCUAUGGUUGUGUGUACAAAGGCAAUCUUCGAGAUGGUCAACUUGUGGCGGUGAAGCUUCUAAAGAAGCUAAAAGGCGAUGCUGAAGAAUUUUUCAAUGAAGUUGCAAGCAUAAGCAGAACUUCUCAUGUCAAUGUUGUCAGCCUCCUGGGAUUCUGUUUUGAAGGAAGCAAAAGAGCUUUGGUUUAUGAGUUCAUGCCCAAUGGAUCCCUCGAAAAGUUCAUAUUCAGCAGGAGUAACAAUUUGGAGGUAGAUCAACUAUUGAGUUGGGACACAUUGUACCAGAUUUCCCUUGGCAUAGCUCACGGACUAGAGUACUUGCAUAGAGGCUGCAACACUAGGAUCUUACACUUUGACAUAAAGCCUCAUAAUAUUCUCCUCGACGCAAACUAUUGUCCCAAGAUUUCCGACUUUGGUCUUGCCAAAAUAUGCCCGAGACAAGAGAGCAUCGUGUCAAUGCUAGGUGCUCGAGGUACCCCUGGAUACAUUGCUCCGGAGCUAUUCAUGAGGAAUAUUGGAGGGGUUUCUCACAAAUCAGACGUCUAUAGCUAUGGUAUGAUGGUUCUUGAGAUGGUCGGCAAGAGGAAAAAUAUCGAAGUCGCAGUAGAUCGUACUAGUGAAACGUACUUCCCUCAUUAGGUCCAUCAACGCCUAGAGCUUCGAGAAGAGCUUGGGCUGCGAGGGAUCACAAAUGAGGACGAUGAAAUAAUCGCGAAGAAGAUGAUUAUAAUAGGCUUAUGGUGCAUCCAGAUCGAUCCAAGAGCUCGACCAUGUAUGACCCAAGUUGCGGAGAUGCUGAAGGGAAGUGUUGACACCUUGCAAAUUCCUCCCAAACCAUCCCUGUCAUCACCCUCAAGAUCACUUGCAGCUUGUCCAUGUGAAAGUUCAUCUCUACAAGAGAGUAAUGACUCGAGUUUGGAUUAUUCAAUAUCAAUUGUAUGAGACCAACAUAGUUUGUGAACAAGCAACUGCAAAAUUAAUGAUUAUUGACUUGUUCAUAAAUUUGUGAUCAAAUGUCUAGGUUGAAUUUCUACAA